ACAACGCCAAUCCGCCUCACUACAAACCCGGGCAAUGGAGCAACAACAAAUGGGGAUCGACGCCGAUAGAGUGCGAAUGUCAAGGGAUCGGCAAUACUGCAUAACUACGGCCAUGCAGUUUUUCCUAGUCUCUUUUUCAGAAGCCACUUGCGUACAAAGUGAAAAGGAUCAUAGUCGUUGUCACUAUGUGUUACAGAGCUGACGUUAUUUGACCGUCACCUACGACUGACUUUCGGCCGCUCCUGAAUCACUCUACAACAUUUUUCAGCAACCACAGGUGGUGCGACAAGUUCCGACAGAUUCAUUUGAUCUGCUGUGAUCCCUGUCUGUGGUCGCUAGAAUCUAUUCGCAGUUCACAGCCCACUUCUGCGCAACUCAGCCUUUGACCGCGGCGCCUUCUUCCUAUCAUCCCUUCCAGCUUUUACCUGCGAUCGGCUGCCGAUCUUUUGCAUCUGACGGACCAAUCCAAUUCCCUAUAUUCCUUUUUAUGGUCAUGUAUUCCUUUGAAACGCCUCAGGAAGAGAAAUAUAUCUGAAGUGCCUGCUAUACAGCACAGGAGCUGAGAUCAGCGCCUUGAAUCGAGCUGCAAGUCAUAGGCCUUAGUAACAAAGCGAGCAUCAGAAAAAGAAGAUCAGAGAAGGCCAAUCCUUUACGCACACUUCGCCUCCCGCCAACCCUUCAUCCCGAUUUGGUAUACAUUACCUUUAGCACCGCUAUAUCCUUGCAUUUUCCCCUUCCCCUCUAUCCAGCCAUCUGCCUCGUCACCACACACAUCAAAAGCACUCAUAGUUACACAACUCCGAGCACAGUCUGGUCGGUCCCAUAAUUGCCAGUCCCACUUCACACUCAAAAUCGUUCUUCUUUCUCUGUCAAGCUUUCGGGUUCUUACCGCAACAGCCGUCUCAUUCAGCCACUGGGUUUUCACGUCCAGAUAUCUCUUGUACUCAAAGGCACCUUACACAGUUCCUGCACAGAACGCUGCCUGGGAUAACCAGACUUCUCUGCCAGCACAGUUGCCAACUUCUACUUAGUUUGAAACUGUUACCUGGUCAUCAUGUCCAGCACUACCAACUCCCAUCUUAUGAAGACUACCCGAUGGGGUAGGCCAUUCGUCAAGGACACUCAUGAUCUGUUCUGUACUUUAGUGGCCAGUCUGAAUUUCGACACCCAUCGAAACUUCUUCAAGACCUAUCCCAACAGUUUCACAACAGACGAUGCCUGUCUCAAUCUCGCCUCCCUCAAGUUCUCCCAAUCAACCCGGACCGCCGAUCCUAAAGAUCCUACUCGUAUCGUCACUACCACGACCACUACGACAUUCUCAAUGUCCCGCGAGAUGGCCAAGGGUAUUUGUCAACACUUUAUGGAUUGUCACCUUGUAGAGAACGCCACGGAUAUUAUGGCCGGCUUUUUCAAAGACAGAGGUAUCUAUAUGUUGACUCCCAAAGGUCUUCAUAUCCUCGAGCGAUUUGUAUCCAAAAAUGGCAUCACAACAGACCAUCUCCUCAAACUUUUUGCGACGCAACCAAUCACUAUGAAACUGCUUCAUCUCGAAAGGCGAUCAGGUGAUGAUGAGGUCAUCAUCACACGGAACGUCAUUGAAGUCUUGUUCAGGCGUUUCGUCGGUCGCAUACCAAACUUAACCAAGUUGAAUGAGGAUGAAAUAUUGGCGCAUUACUAUUCUCGAUUCUAUACCAAGACACCAUCUCUUCCAGCUGGCGAGACGCUCGACCGGUCCGAGGGUAUCAUUGUCCGAAAACCUGGUGGAGGCGAGAAGACAACCUCAUCGGACGAUUACAUCUUUUCAGCACGGGCCGCCGUUAAUUGGAUGUUGGAUUUCACGUCAGCAACGGGGAUAGAUGAAGCCGCGGAAAUCCUUGCCCACUUUGUUCGGUACGGGUUAAUCACACUUGUGAGCGACAAGGGGAAGAUCAAGGAGGAGAAUUUGAUUGUCAGCGCGCGGGGAGGGGGUGCCGGUGGCGGGGCCGGAGCUAUCAUGCAAGAAGCAGAGUUUCGAGUCACUGAGCGAGCCAUCUACAAAAUCACAAAGGAAGGAAUUGCCGUUGCGAAAUGGAACGAAACCACUACCAACCAUGCGGCUGGUGCUUCUAAAGCCAACCUUUCCGUCGAAACUACUCCAGGCAACAAGGCCAGACCUUCCCACGAAGCGAGCCCCUCUGUUUCCGUACAACGCCGUACAUCACUGUCUGAUCGCUUCCGCGGCGAUUUUGAUAUUUCUGGUGUACCAGGCGGCGAUAACCACAUCAAGGACAGUCAUACAGCGCGACUGAAGCAGAUUCUCGAGGAACCUGCUCUGAGGAGCUUAUUCCGUGAAUUUUUGAGGAGUAAUUUCUGUGAGGAGAAUUUGAGCUUCUGGUUGGAUGUACAGGAUUUCAAGAGGAGAUUCCAAACGACAAGUUCGGCCGUCGCAGCACCGGGAUCGAAGCAGGCAAAGGUCUCGGGCCAUGCAGCGAUGGAAAAGCAUCAGCAGGAUUUGGUCGCGAUGGCCUUCGUCAUCUACAACACCUAUCUCGCACCCGCUUCUCCUUGUGAACUCAACAUUGACCACAACCUUCGGGCCGAGUUAGUCGGUUACAUGAACCAGAUCACAUCCGACAAGGAAGCAGGAGUGAAGGGCCAUAUUGAGCCCGGUGUUGGAGACACCUUACAUGCUAGCCAGCUACAAACUAUGGUCAAACUUUAUGAACGAAUCCAGGUGUAUAUCUUUAGAUUGAUGGCGACCGAUUCGGUGCCCAAAUUCUGCAAGACCGAGCUUUUCCUCACCCUCAUGGAGCAGUUCUCAGAGUACACAAAAGAUGAAUUCGCCGUCACAGACCUUGAAACCAAGGCUGCUGCCCUUACCGUCGAUUCUCGCAAAACUACAGCUCACGUCGAUGGGCGCCAGCCCAGUCCUACUCGCUCUUACCUCACAAUCUCUCAGGCUGCAAAUGAGAAGCAAGCUGCUAAACAAAAAAACUAGGCAAACCAGGUUUGUUAACAUCGUCUGAGUGUUCAGCUGGCUGUAAUCGCUUCUUUCCCCGAUCUACCUCUCGCACGUAUUCUAUAGAUCCAUCGAAUCCUUCUUAUCCUCAUCAUUACUUUAUUGCAUUGUGUAUAUAUAUCCUAUCCUCUAUUCACUCCCCCUUAUCUAUCUAGAAACCUCCUAUCCGCUCCCUAGUACUCUAUCUAAGUUCUACUUUAUCUACUCAUCGGCAACCAUAAUCAUUAUUGCAUAUAGUAUCGUACUCGUAGUUUUGUUAUAGUAUUGUUUGUAGCAUUUCGUCGAGUUUUGGUAUGAAUUGUCACCAUCAUACGACGUUCAUUGAUGCACGUUGAAAGGCUAGUUUCACUGGUCUGCAGAGGGAAUGUCCUUAGGGUGUCAGAUUCAUGAUGUCUAAAUUACAACAUGGCAACAGAAUGAAUGAUGGG